AUGGUCAAGAUUAGCUGUUCGCUGGUGGUGCUCCUCUCGCUCUGCGCCUGCUCCCAUGCUCAGUAUGAGUACCCACAGCAGCGUCCCCCGCCACCAGUUGAAGGUCGGCCCAUUGGUGGACCGGUAGACAAUCGAAUCUUUGGAAACCUCCUUGGAGGCGGCGGCGGCGGUGGUGGUGGCGGAAUCUUUAGCAACCUAUUUGGCGGUCUUUUGGGCGGCAAUCGUCCACCACCACAGCCAGUACCGCAGCCCUAUCCCGUUCCAGUUCCCGCCUAUGGUGGUGGCGGAUUCGGAGGUGGAUUCCCCGGUGGAUUUGGAGGUGGUUAUGCGGGAGGAGCCCCUGGUGGCUUCCCUGGAGGCUUUGGUGGCGGCUAUGGCAGCCCCUACGUCGGAUUUUAUGGCUAA